CACCUCGUUCAGCGCCGCCUCCGCCCCCCCGUCCAUUGCCGCCUCCGUCCCAGUCCAGCGCCGCUCCGCCUACAUUCCCCGUCCAAGUGCACUCUCAUUUCUCACCUGCUGGUUCGUUCAUCUCGCCAUGUCAUUCGCAGGCGUAUCCCUGAUCCAAGACGGCAAGCUAUGGCCUUCCGCGUCGGCCAUCAACGACGCUGGAUCUUCUAGUGGGUACCACCUGCUUGUGGUCGAAGGCUACUCGCGCACCAAAGACGCCCUCAACGGCUGUUACAUCGAUUCUCACUACUUCAGAGUUGGAGGCUAUCUCUGGUUUCUCCGGUACUACCCGAAUGGCUCGUCGGGCAACACCGGCUUCAUCUCCGUGUCUUUCAUCCUUGCUCAGCAUACGGAAGCCCUGGAGAAUUCAAAGCACCUCAAGAAUGAUAGGUUCACCAUCAGGUGGGAUGUCCUCAUCAUCGAGGGUGGUGACGCCAAGGGCACCACUUCACCGUUCAUCACGGUGCCACCACCGAACAUGCAACGUCACUUCACCGAUCUCUUGAUGGCCAAGGAAGGCACGGACGUCACGUUCAAGGUCGGUACUGAGGCGUUCGCCGCGCACCGGUGCAUCCUCGCGGCCCGGUCUAGAGUCUUCAAGGCUGAGCUUUUUGGCCCGAUGAAAGAGGGCAGUACGGCGACUGCGGAAGCCAUAACUGUAGACGACAUGGAUGCUCGAGUUUUCAGGGCAAUGCUUGCGUUCAUUUACAGUGACUUGGAGCCAGAGCUGGGGAAGGAAGAUGAUGAAGAUGUCAUGUGGCAGCACCUGCUCGGUGCGGCGGAUAGGUACGAUCUCCAACGGCUGAAGCUCAUGUGUGAAGAUAAGCUGUGCAGGUUCAUCGAUGUGAGCACCACGACGUCCAUCCUGGCUCUAGCUGAGCGCCACAGUUGCGACGGACUGAAGAAGGCGUGCUACGAUUUUCUGGGUGCUCCGGGAAAGCUGAAGGCUGUCGCGGCCACUGAUGGAUUCGAUCAUCUGAUCACAAGCUGCCCCUCUGUUAUGAAGGAGUUGAUUGCCAUGCUUGCGCCUUAGUGUUUAGGUCUUCUACGUUUCAGUUGUUAUCCACCGGCUCAAAUGUGUUCGUGAUUUUACUGAAUGGACUUGCCUGUUGUCUAGUCAUGAUUUUUUGGUUUCCCCCGUGAUAGAGUGCUUCUGGGUAAGUGCUGCAUCAUCUGUGCUCAAUUUGUCU